AAAUCUCUUGCAAACUCCAGGCGGGGUGGUAGGAACGAGGAGGAGGAUCCGAGCGAGGAGGAGGAGGAGGAGGACGGGAAAGCAAAGGAAGCAGCGACCUCUUCUCUCUUCUCCGCCCGCCGCCUUUAAGGACCGCGGAGGGGAAGGUGCUCGGCGGCGCCCCGCGAAAUUUGAAAUUUGGCCGGGCUUCCUUGCUGCGCGUUGCGCGGAUCCUAAGCGGUUCUGGAUCCCGUCUUUCCAGGAGGAAGAGGAGGAGGCGGUGGUGAUAGAGGGGUGCGGCUUGGAGGUCCUUGGUAUUUGACCUUCUUUUUCAACCACAGGCGGCAGGGAGAGAAGAUGGACCUGAUUUCGGCCAAAGCAGCUCCCACCAGGAGGAAUCUUUUCGGGCCAGUGGACCACGACCAUUUGCUGCAGGAGUUCCAGAGCAUGAUGAGAUCCAGCAUGGAACAGGCGAAGCAACGGUGGAACUUCGACUUCUUCCAGGAUAUGCCCAUCGUGGGGCUUCUCCAGUGGGAAGAGCUGCAGGGCCACGAGGUUCCCGCCUUCUACCACACGCACGUCGCCAGGGAGUCUCGCCCGCCUCUGCAGCCCGUGAACAGGACUGCGGACAGGGAGGGGAAAGUUCACCUCCUGGGUAGAGAGGUGGAAAGAGGCAGACCCAUCAAAACAGCGACGCUAGGGAAGAAGCGAAGGCAGACGUAUUUGACAGAUUAUUAUUCAACAAAGAAGCCGAUCAGGACAGAUAUGCAAACACCUGUAAAGAAAUUGGCCUUCUAAACCGGUGGAUCGCUUCCCAGAUAUUUUUUUUUUCCCCUUAAAAAAACUUCCAAGCUUAUACAACACUUCAGAAUGAUCUCUACUGAUAACUAACCCUUUGUAGCUGCGCAGAGAAGAAUGGUGAAAAUGGGAAGAGUUAUUAAAAGAACAACAAACUCUUAUGAAAUGGCAGUCCAGCCAAAUAAAAACUGAAUAGCUCAGGAAACUUUUUU